AUGGCCUUAGCUAUGGUGGGAGAGGCACUGAUCUCUGCUUGUAUCGAGAUAUUGAUAAAACAGAUAGCUUCUCCAGAGUUUGAAGAUUUCUUCUCUAGCAGAAAGCUGGAUAUUUCUUUGUUGGAUGAGUUGAAGAUAAUGCUUUUGGGACUUAAUGCUGUGCUCAAUGAUGCCGAGGAGAAGCAGAUGACGGAUUCUGCAGUGAAGGAAUGGCUGGAUGAGUUGAAAGAUGGUGUUUUAGAUGCAGAGGAUUUGUUGGAUGAAUUUGAAGCAAUAUCUAGAAGGCUAGAACAUUUUGUUAGACAAAAAGAUAUUCUUGGCUUGCAAAGUGUUACUAGAAGAGUCUCUUAUAGAACAGUAACAGAUUCAUUGGUUGAAUCUGCUGUGGUUGCUAGAGAGGAUGACAAGGAGAAGCGACUGAGCAUGCUACUAUGUGAUGAUAACGGCAUGUCUAAUGAUAUAGAAGUGAUUACAGUAUUAGGCAUGGGGGGUCUGGGAAAAACGACCCUUGUUCAAUGCCUUUAUAAUCAUAGCAAAGUGCAGAAACAUUUUGAUUUGACAGCUUGGGCAUGGGUGUCAGAUGAUUUCGAUAUUCUCAAGGUAACAAAGAAAAUUGUUGAAUCUCUCACAUCCAAAGAUUGUCAUAUAACUAAUCUUGAUGUUCUUCGUGUUGAAUUGAAGAAUAGCCAAAGGGAUAAGAAAUUUUUGCUGGUGCUUGAUGACUUUUGGAAUGAAAAGUAUAAUGAUUGGCAUCACCUAGUAGCACCUCUAAGCAGCGGGAGAAAGGGAAGUAAGAUCAUUGUGACAACCAGACAACAAAGAGUUGCACAGGUCACACAUACAUUUCCCACUUAUGAGUUUAAAUCCCUAAGUGAUGAAAAUUGUUGGCGCAUACUAGCCAGACAUGCAUUUGGAAGUGAAGGUUACCAAAAUUUUCAAUCCUAA